AUGUACUCACAAGCUCGAUCAACAGUUUCCCCUGUUCUGGGGAAGCUGUUUCCUGCGUUCGGGCUUCUACUAAUCAUGACCUCAUCCUUAUGUGGAGGCCAGCCGCCAACUUUUAAACGAUUCACACCUGCGGAGUGGGGGCUUACACAUUUGACCAUUCACAACAAAACCGGGGAAGUCUACGUAGGUGCUGUCAAUUGGAUUUUCAAGCUGUCCAGCAACCUAACCAAGCUGCGUAGCCACAUGACUGGACCAGUGGUAGACAAUGAGAAGUGUUAUCCUCCACCGAGUGUCCAGUCGUGCCCUCAUGACCUGGCCCAGACACCCAACGUGAACAAGCUUCUACUCAUAGAUUAUGCCCAGAAUCGCCUCAUUGCAUGUGGUAGUACUUCGCAGGGAAUUUGCCAAUUUCUACGUCUGGAUGACCUCUUCAAGCUUGGUGAACCUCACCAUCGCAAGGAGCACUACCUGUCCAGUGUUGCAGAGUCGGGAACCAUGUCAGGAGUCAUUAUAAGCUCUCCUCAUAGUCAAACAAGCAAGUUGUUCAUCGGAACCCCCAUCGAUGGCAAGUCUGAGUACUUCCCGACCCUCUCCAGCCGAAAAUUAAUGGAGAACGAAGAAAACGCUGACAUGUUCAGCUUUGUGUAUCAAGAUGAGUUUGUAUCCUCUCAACUCAAGAUUCCAUCUGAUACUUUAUCCAAAUUCCCUGCUUUUGACAUAUAUUAUGUUUACAGCUUCAGCAGUGAACAAUUUGUGUAUUAUCUUACAAUGCAGCUGGAUACACAGCUCACUUCUCCUGAUGCCAGUGGCGAGCAGUUCUUCACCUCUAAAAUUGUACGCCUCUGUGUUGAUGACCCAAAAUUUUACUCCUAUGUUGAGUUCCCCAUUGGCUGUACCAAAGAUGGUGUUGAGUACCGCCUGGUUCAGGAUGCUUACUUGGCCCGACCAGGCCGUCAACUGGCAAACUCUCUGGGAAUCUCUGAGAAUGAAGACAUCCUAUUCACGGUCUUCUCGCAGGGUCAGAAGAAUCGUGCCAAACCACCCAAAGAGUCAGCCCUCUGCCUAUUCACCCUGAGGAGAAUAAAGGAGAAAAUCAAGGAAAGAAUUCAGUCUUGUUACAAGGGUGACGGGAAGCUCUCCUUACCAUGGCUUCUCAACAAGGAACUGGCGUGCAUCAACUCUCCUCUGCAGAUUGAUGACAACUUCUGUGGCCAGGACUUCAACCAACCUCUGGGCGGAACCAGCACCAUUGAGGGCAUCCCACUCUUCCUCGACAAAGAAGAUGGCAUGACCUCUGUGGCAGCGUAUGACUACCGUGGAAACACUGUGGCUUUUGCUGGCACGCGCAAUGGCAAACUGAAAAAGAUCUUGGUGAACUCUGUGAGUCCAAACCGCCCAGCAGUACUCUAUGAGAAGGUGACCUUAAGUGAAGGAGGAAGUCCCUUGCUGAGAGACAUGCUCUUUAGCCCUGAUCAGCAAUACCUCUACACACUGACUGAUAAACAGGUGGUGAGAGUUCCAGUGGAGAGCUGUGAGCAGUACACUACGUGUGGGGAGUGUUUAGGCUCCAGAGACCCUCACUGUGGAUGGUGUGUCCUCCACAAUGUCUGCUCACGAAAGGACCGUUGUGAAAGAGCGGGAGAACCCCAGAGGUUUGCAUCAGACCAGAGGCAGUGUGUGGAGCUCACCGUUCAGCCCAAAAAUAUUUCUGUCACCAUGUCUGAAGUGCAGCUGGUCCUUCAGGCUCGUAAUGUGCCUGAUCUAUCAGCGGGGGUCAACUGCUCCUUCGAGGACUACGUGGAGACCGAAGGACUGAUCCAAGGCGGAUAUAUUUACUGCCUUUCUCCAUCUGCUCGUGAUGUCAUUCCCAUCACACGGAACAAAGGUGACAAGCGUGUGGUGAAGCUUUAUCUGAAGUCCAAGGAAACGGGCAAGAAGUUCGCAAGUGUUGAUUUUGUCUUCUACAACUGCAGUGUCCACCAUUCCUGUCUCUCCUGUGUAAAUGGAUCAUUCCCAUGCUACUGGUGCAAGUAUCGUCACAUGUGUACCCAAAAUGCGAAUGACUGCUCCUUCCAAGAGGGACGAGUUAACAUGUCAGAGGACUGCCCACAGAUUUUGCCCUCAACACAGAUCUACAUCCCAGUGGGAGUGACCAAGCCCAUCACCUUAGCUGCCAAGAACCUUCCCCAGCCGCAAUCUGGGCAAAGGAACUAUGAGUGUGUGUUCCACAUCCAGGGGGAGACCCACAGUGUCCCCGCCCUGCGCUUCAACAGCUCAUCUAUACAGUGCCAGAAGACAGCGUAUACUUACGACGGCAAUGACAUCAGUGACCUGCCAGUGGAUUUGUCUGUGGUUUGGAAUGGAAACUUUAACAUUGACAACCCCUACAACAUAAAAGCUCACCUGUAUAAGUGCUAUGCACUGAGAGACAGCUGUGGGAUGUGUCUGAAGGCCAACCCUAGAUUUGAGUGUGGCUGGUGUGUGCAAGAGAAGAAGUGUUCCCUUAGGCAGGAGUGCGCUCCUACAGAGAGCACUUGGAUGCACGCCACCACGGGAAACAGCCGCUGUGCGCACCCCAAGAUCACCAAGCUAUUUCCCGAAACUGGGCCAAGGCAGGGAGGAACCAUGCUGACUAUCACCGGUGAGAAUUUGGGUCUCCAGUUCAAAGACAUCCAGAAUGGAGUCCGCAUUGGAAAAGUGGCCUGCAACCCUCAAGAAGACCAGUACAUCAGUGCUGAGCAGAUUGUGUGCCGACUGAAUGAUGCAACAGGUUACCGGGUGCAGGAGGCUCAAGUGGAGGUGUGCGUGAGGGACUGCAUUCAUCCCGACUACAAAGCAGUCUCCACCAAGGCUUUUACGUUUGUGUCUCCAUACUUCACGCGUGUCAGGCCAUCCACUGGACCGCUGUCUGGAGGUACAAGGAUCACCAUAGAUGGCAGUAACCUAAACGCAGGCAGUGCUGUGUAUGUAAAGAUUGGACUCCAUGCCUGCCGUUUUGAGAAGCGAAACAGCAGCGAGAUUGUAUGUGUGACCCCAGCCGGACUAGCUCCAGGCCCGACUCCGGUCAUGGUGGACAUCAACUCAGCCGAGCUGAGAAACCCGGAGGUCAGGUUCAACUACUCGGAUGAUCCCACCAUCCUGAAAAUUGAACCCGACUGGAGUAUUGCCAGUGGAGGGACCAUGUUAACCGUCACAGGAACUAAUUUGAUGACGAUCAAAGAACCCAAGAUGAGGGCUAAAUAUGGAGCUGCCAAGUCAGAAAAUAACUGCACCGUAGUCAACAACACAGUGAUGGUGUGCCUUGCUCCCUCCGUUGCCGGCUCUGACAAAGUUUUCUCCGAGAUGGGAAGCAGUCCAGAUGAAAUUGGCUUCAUCAUGGAUGAUGUGCAUUCUGUGCUGGUUGUCAAUGAGACAUUCAGCUACCAUCCAGACCCUGUGUUUGAACCUCUGAGCCCCAAUGGCAUGUUGGAGCUAAAGCCCAGUUCUCCACUAAUUCUCAAGGGCCGCAACCUGAUUCCUGCAGCGCCUGGAAAUACUAAGCUGAACUAUACAGUUUUGAUCGGGGAGACACCGUGUAUUCUCACCUUGUCUGAGAGCCAGCUCCUGUGUGAGUGGCCCAACCUCACUGGAGAACACAAAGUCACCGUGCGUGUCGGAGGCUUUGAAUACUCACCGGGGACCUUGCAAAUCUACUCGGACAGCCUUCUCACGCUGCCCGCUAUCAUUGGUAUUGGAGGAGGAGGCGGCCUGUUACUGCUGGUUAUUAUUGUGGUGCUUAUUGCUUACAAGAGGAAGUCCCGUGAUGCAGACCGCACCCUCAAACGACUCCAACUGCAGAUGGACAACCUGGAGUCCAGGGUGGCCCUUGAAUGCAAGGAAGCAUUUGCAGAACUGCAGACGGAUAUCCAUGAGCUCACUCAGGAACUUGAUGGAGCAGGAAUCCCCUUCCUGGACUACCGCACCUACGCCAUGAGGGUCCUCUUCCCUGGGAUUGAGGACCAUCCUGUUCUCAAGGAGAUGGAGGUAAUGGUCCCGGCCAACGUAGAAAAGGCCCUGACACUGUUCGGACAGAUGCUGACCAAAAAGCACUUCCUGCUCACGUUCAUCCGCACCCUUGAAGCGCAGCGGUCCUUUUCGAUGCGUGACCGCGGCAACGUGGCCUCUCUCAUCAUGACCGCGUUGCAGGGGGAAAUGGAGUACGCUACAGGCGUCCUCAAACAGCUCCUGUCUGAUCUCAUCGACAAGAACCUGGAAAGCAAGAAUCACCCCAAGCUCUUACUACGGAGGACGGAGUCAGUAGCGGAGAAGAUGCUUACCAACUGGUUCACCUUCCUACUUUACAAGUUCCUCAAGGAGUGUGCUGGGGAGCCUCUCUUCAUGCUGUAUUGUGCCAUGAAGCAGCAAAUGGAGAAGGGGCCGAUAGAUGCAAUCACUGGAGAGGCGCGCUACUCCCUCAGCGAGGACAAGCUCAUCAGACAGCAGAUUGACUACAAGACUUUGACGCUGCACUGUGUGAACCCAGAGAAUGAGAACGCUCCCGAGGUGACCGUAAAAAGUCUAAACUGUGACACGGUGACGCAGGUGAAAGAGAAGCUCCUCGAUGCCGUGUACAAGGGCACACCCUAUUCUCAGAGACCAAAGGCCUCCGAUAUGGACCUGGAAUGGAGACAAGGGAGGAUGGCUCGUAUUAUCCUCCAAGAUGAAGAUGUGACCACUAAGAUCGACAAUGACUGGAAGAGACUCAACACCCUGGCUCACUACCAGGUGACAGAUGGCUCCGUAAUUGCCCUGGUACCCAAGCAGAACUCUGCUUACAAUAUCUCCAACUCCUCCACAUUCACCAAAUCUCUCAGCAGAUACGGUACGAAAGAAGAGAGCAUGCUGAGAACAGCCAGCAGUCCAGACAGUUUGCGCUCCCGAACCCCAAUGAUCACCCCUGACUUGGAGAGUGGCACUAAACUGUGGCACUUGGUCAAAAACCACGACCACUCGGACCAGAGAGAGGGGGACCGAGGGAGCAAGAUGGUGUCUGAGAUCUACCUGACUCGGCUGCUGGCCACCAAGGGCACGCUCCAGAAGUUUGUGGACGACCUGUUUGAGACCAUCUUCAGCACAGCCCACAGAGGCAGCGCCCUGCCACUCGCCAUCAAGUACAUGUUUGACUUCCUGGAUGAGCAGGCCGACAAACACUCCAUCACGGACUCCGAUGUCCGGCACACUUGGAAGAGCAACUGCCUCCCCCUGCGCUUCUGGGUGAAUGUGAUCAAGAAUCCGCAGUUCGUGUUCGACAUCCACAAGAACAGCAUUACAGAUGCCUGUUUGUCCGUGGUGGCCCAGACCUUCAUGGACUCCUGUUCCACGUCCGAGCAUAAAUUAGGAAAGGACUCACCGUCCAACAAGCUGCUUUACGCUAAAGACAUCCCUAACUACAAAAACUGGGUGGAGAGGUACUACUCGGAUAUCUCAAGGAUGUCAGCCAUCAGUGACCAGGACAUGAGUGCCUACCUGGCGGAGCAGUCCCGUCUACAUGCCAACCAGUUUAACAGCAUGUCUGCCCUACAUGAAAUCUACUCAUACAUCGUCAAGUAUAAGGACGAGAUCUUGUCGGCGUUAGAGCGUGACGAGCAAGCGAGGAGGCAGAGGCUGCGCAGCAAGCUGGAGCAGGUCAUCGACACGAUGGCCCUGACGAGCUGA